AUGAUGAUAGCGUCGACAUUCGGGCAAGGCUUACUUAUGGGAUAUACGAUAAAUCAACGUUACCUCAGCUCACAACCACUCGCUUUUAUCACCCCCAUAGCCGUUUCCUUUGGAUACGCCAACGUCUCACAACGUGCUAGAGGGGAUCGUGCAAUGAUUCUCUGUGCUUCACUCGGCUCUGCUGUAAGCGCGCAUUUGGUGAUCGGAGCACUGACUGGUCAACUGGGCGCAGCUUACGAGUUUCUCGCUCUCGGUUAUGUUGCGCUCUCCGGAAUCACUAUGCAGAUGCUCUUCCACACUGCGCAUUGGACCCGAGGACACGCAUUCCAAAACCUACACAACGCCUUCUACGCCCUUUUCAAAGGAAUGACAUUCUACUGCUUCGGAACUUACAUCGAAUAG